GUGCGGGAGGGCCACAGAGGCCUGGGGUUGAGAGGGCAGCCAGGGUUAGACGUUUGGAGGAGGCGGGGGCUGCGAGGAAGCACGUGUCCGCAUCCCUUUCUUCCUGUCCUUUAUCCUUUUAUUCUUAGGGUUUGAUAGCAGCGGCGACAGCCCGGAACCCCGUGUAUGGCCACGGAGUUACAGCUUCCGGACUCCAUGCCCUGUCACAACCGGCAAGUAAACGCUACUUCCAGCCCAAGUCCAGAUCGUCUGCGAGCAGACGACCAGAUACUGGAUCAUGCCGAGGAAAAUAAGGCUACUUUGGCCAAACUGACUCUCCUCCCUGGGCACGCCCAUUCUGGCGUGCUCUCGGAGUGGGACUCUCAGGCCUGUGGCAACACUAAUCUUCACUCUGAGAACCACAGUGAUAAUAGUGACAGUGGCAAUUCCAAGGCACCUGUAGGCGACCCCCUCCUAGGGGACUGUGAACUCUCCCGACAGAUCGGGGCACAGCUUAAGCUGCUGCCAAUGAAUGAUCAGAUCCGGGAACUACAGACUAUCAUCCGCGACAAGACAGCCAGUAGAGGGGACUUCAUGUUUUCUGCGGAUCGUUUGAUCAGACUUGUUGUAGAAGAGGGCUUGAAUCAGCUGCCAUAUAAAGAAUGCAUGGUGACCACUCCGACAGGCCACAAGUAUGAUGGAGUGAAAUUUGAGAAAGGAAAUUGUGGGGUCAGCAUAAUGAGAAGUGGUGAGGCAAUGGAACAAGGUUUACGAGACUGCUGUCGAUCCAUACGAAUUGGGAAGAUCCUGAUUCAGAGUGAUGAGGAGACACAAAGGGCCAAAGUAUACUAUGCCAAGUUCCCCCCAGACAUUUAUCGCAGAAAAGUCCUUCUGAUGUAUCCAAUUCUCAGCACUGGAAAUACUGUAAUUGAAGCUGUAAAGGUUCUUAUAGAGCAUGGAGUUCAACCCAGUGUUAUUAUCCUACUCAGUCUCUUCUCCACCCCCCAUGGUGCCAAAUCAAUCAUUCAAGAAUUUCCAGAGAUCACAAUUUUAACUACUGAAGUUCAUCCUGUUGCACCUACACAUUUUGGACAGAAAUACUUUGGAACAGACUAAGUUAUUACAGGAAAAUGAAAUAAUUUGCAUAAUAUUAUGGUUGUGAAUGGAUUUCAUAUUUGUUUUUACUAAUUUGGGAAGUAAUGGAGAAAUGCAUUAAGAAUGCCUUUUAACAUUGCAAAUAGGUGUGGCAACAAGAAAUAUUGGAAGUCUAUUUGUUUGAUUUGGUCAUUUCUUCACAUGUGGUACCAACUUCAACAAUGAAGCACACAGUGCUUAGAAAAGAUGGAAGUUGUAAUCAUAUGCUAAUUGAAGUCACUGAACCCUUACUCAGUGCAUGGAACUUGUGGCCCUCUUGGUUUCGAGGUUGCUUGCCGCCGGAAAGGAAACCCAAACACUGCAGUUUAAAUUUUCUUUACUGUGCUUUUAGCUAGAGAGUGGUUUCCUGUGUGUGGCUUUUGCCUCGCUCCAUACUCUAUACUUUCUUGUACUAUGUAUGCAGGGAUCUUGGAGAAGAGAGAACAAAAGAAUAUCCUAGAAUUUUAUAUUGCUAUUUAUGUUCUUGCUUAAUUUGCAGACCCAGGGUAUCUGCUUAACUCUUUCAGCUAAGCUGAUGUGUUCCUCCUGGCUCGUUUCCUCAACUGGGGAUUAGCCACAGGCGCCUGCUCAAACUGUAAUACAGGAGAUGCAGGACCUUUUCAGUAACUGAAUCUGUAACACGACUCUACAGAGACUGAACCAAAGAUGCCUGAUGAUGAUGAGAGAGCUAAAUCAGCCCUCUACAGGGAAAUUGGUGGGGGUUUUUCUAGUGUGUCGGGGGAAGUGGAGGCUUUGCUGCAUUUCAUGGCCAAUAAGUAAAUCAGAUUUACUUAUUUACUUCUACUAGUUGCUUUUGGUUUGGAACUUAGUUAUUCUGCAUGUUUUUUUUUUAACUAGUAGUAAAGUAGAGAAAACAUAUGUUCAUUAAAACAUAUAGUUUGUAUGUGCUCAUUUAAGCUUCUGAAAGAGAGAUAAACAAUCUUAUAAUCUUUGCACUUUUGAAAUGUGCUUAUAAAACCGUGAUCCCAUUUUACAGUGAUAUUAAAACUUCUGUGGUGGCUGGAUGAUUGAUUGUUUACACUCUCAUGGACACACAGACAGCUAUUGUGGACUCUUAAAAAGCAUAAGAAAUAACAGAAGAUAAUUUCUUAGAAAGUACUAAAGCUGAAAAGAUAAGUAAAGGCUUAUUUUUUUUUUUCCUAAUUUGUUUGAGAAAUAAUAGAGAAAAUACGUUAGGAAUGCCUUUUAACAUUGGAAGUAGGUGUGGCAAUAGGAAAUACUGGAAGUUUAUUUGUUUGACUUGGUCAUUUCUUCACAUGUAGUACCAACUUCAAUAAUGAAGCACACAGUGCUUAGAAAAGAUGAUGUCCUUGAGAGAAGAAAGCAACCUGGAGUAAAUGGAGUGGAUUUUACCCUAUUAUGCCACCCUGCUAAGGUUCACUGUACUUGUAUUUUUGUUGUUGUUGUUUGAGACAGGGCUUCUCUGUGCAGACCUGGCUAUCUUGGAACUUGCUCUGUAGAUCAGGCUAGCCUCCAAAUCAGGGAUCCACCAGCCUCUGUCUCCCAUGGGCUGGGAUUAAAGGUGUGCUGAAAUGUAUAUUUACAUGUGUUAGUUAGGUGUCCUAGGAAUGAUGUGAGUAGCAAAUUCAGACAGACCAGAUCUGUUUAUUGCAAUGAAUUAGUUGGAAAGAUGAUGUUCACUAAUCUGGGUGUGGUAGUAAGCUAGUUUGAAGCUAGCUUAAAUAACUGAGCCAGGCUUGUCUCAAAGAUUUGCCUGCCAACCUAUGGAUUGCUGUGACUGAAUUGAAUUGGUGCUUGUUUGGGCUUCAGUAUUUUAUUUGAAUUGAUUUUCCAGAACAUAGGAUAAUGUCAUAUUCAAUGAUAGGUAUUAAACCACAUUUCAAGCAAAUUAUUUUUUUAAUUAUGUAUUGUAGGCUAAAUUUGAACUUGUUGUGUAGUCAGUUCUGACCUUGAACUCCUGAUCUUACUGUUCCCAUUAGUGAAAGCUUAUAGCCAGCAUGCCCAUCUUAAACAAAUUCUUUUUAUAUCAUUAACCAUUGAGAUUCACAUAUCUGUUGCUUUUCAGCAAGAAACAGGAUUAAAAGUUAACUACAUUUGAUUCCCACAUAGGAAGCUUAGUAUAAACAGUAGGAAUUAUUCAAUAAGGUCAUUCUCCAUUGGUAUUUGUACCCUACACUCCUGCGGUUGUAACUCUGGUCUCUGAAUUUUGGGAUGUUUUAGCAAACACAUUCUUAACUUGCAGGGGCUAAUCACAUGCAGAACUCUAUUUUCUAAAGUCAACAUAAGAUUAACAGACUACUGAAAGUAAGAUUGACUUUAGUGACAUGAACUUCAGAGCAGUAUAAAUUGUGUGGGUUCUUUAUUGAAGAAUAAAGGCUACAGCAAAAUGACAUGCAAAUAACACAUAGCAGGGAUUCUCAACAUAUGACAUGUAUCAUAAUUACUUAGAGAGCCACAGAUUGGUGGACCCCACCCCUACGGUUUCUGACUCAAUAUCUUGAUAUCUAACAUUGCUUCUAGGCAUUUAAUGAUGUAAAGCUUCCUAUAAGGAUUUAUCUGAAUUUGCUACAUUUUUAUUUUAAUUCAGACCAGAUUUUUUUUUCAUUUUCUUUAUUUCUUCAAUCCAGGGUCAUUUAGAAGCAUCAACUAAUUGCAAAUAUUGAUACCAUUUGCCAUAUUUCUCUGAUGUCACUUGCUAAUGUAAUUCCAUUAUGGUCAGAGAAUAUAAUUAUUAUUGUUUGAAUCCUUUUAAUUGAUGAGGCUUUUGACAUAGUAUUCUGUUCAUAAACUAUUGUCAUUUGAUAAGUCUACUUCCUACCAACAUGUUUACAUGGCAUGUAUGCAUGUCCUGUGUUGUUUGCUAUGGAUUUCAAGUUAAGUUGGUUGAUAAUGCUGUUCAGGCCUUCUACUUCAUUGACUUUUCUUUCCUCUUGUUCUACUGAAGAAUGUUGAAAGCUCAGACUACGUGUUGUAUUUGUUUCUUCUUUCAAUUCAAUGAAAAUUUUGCUUCAUGUACUUGGAGCACUCCUGGUAGGUAAAUAGACGGCUAAGAUUGUUGUAGUGUCUUGAUGACAUAACCCUUUGCUGCUCUGAAAUUCUCCAUUCGGUACCUGUUAAUGCUCUUUGUGCUGAAAUGUGUUCUAGUUGAUGAUAAUGACAAUUCGAGCUUUCUUUUGAAUAACUUUACUUUUAACAUGCUCAUGUUUUAAUGUGAAUUUCUUAUAGGCACCUUUCGGGCUGUGUCUUGCUUUUUUUUUUUUUUUAAUCCAGUUUGACAGUGUCUGCCUUUUGUUGCACCUUUUGGAUAAUUACCAUUUCAUGUAAUUGACACGAUUGGUUUUAGAUCUACCAUCUUGCUGUUUGCCUUCUACUUAUUCUUUAUGAUUCUAGUUUAUGUCCUGAUGACAUUUGUGUCAUUUCUUUCUAUUAAUUCCAUCUCCAGGACGUUGGCUCAGUUUUUUCUCCUCUCUCUUUUUGAGACAGGGUCUCUGUUAUGUGGCUCUAGCUCUUCUGAAGCUUACUGUGUAGACCAGGUGUUCUUGAACUCAUAGCAUUCUCACUAAAGGCCUGUACCACCAUACUUAGCCAGCCCAGUCUCCUUUAAAGGAAUACUGUUGUAUUUUUCUGAGCAUUUACAUUUAAUAGAGCAGAUUAAUUAUAGAAAUAAUAGCAUGAGUAUAUUCAACAUUUGGAGGAUUCCAUGCAAAAUAUAGACUUGAAGCAGUUAAUCCAUUUUAUAAAGACAUUAUAUACACUUCAAUAUUUUCUAUUAAUCUGAUUAUUUCUCUCUUGUCUUCCAUUUUUUGAAAUUUAUGAACUUGAUAAACUUUCGGCUCAUAUGAAACUGCUUAUAUUAUUUUGCUAACUACUUCUAGCUUCUCCCUUCAGGCAUUUUCCAUUGAUAUCACAUCUUGACGAAGCUUAAAUUAAAUGGGUCAAUGUGUAUAAUCAUCAGUGCAUUCUGUGACCUGUUUAACAUACUUGAAUCACACCAGCAAUGGUCACCUUCCAUCAUAUCACACAGGGAUAGCAUAAUUGUUGUAUUCCACAGGUAACUAACAUAACAAUUACCCUUUCCCCCAAAUAAUUGGCUCUUGACCACGUGCCAGAUAUUCUUAGGGAAAGGUGAUGUCAUAUUGAGCAGGAUUUGUUUAUGUUCAGGUUCCAAGUGAGUAUAUUUGUUUGUUUGAGCUGUUGUAACAAAACACCAGAUUGGGUGGGAUUUUGUUUUUGUGUUUUGGCUUUUUCAAGACAGGGUUUCUCUGCUUAACAGUCCUGGCCAUCCUGGAACUCACUUUGUAGACCUUGUUUGGCUUGAACUCACAGAGAUCUGCCUGCCUCUACCUCCCUGGUGCUGGGAUUAAAACUGUUUACCCCCAUUGCCAGGCUUCGACUUGGGUGGCUUUAACAACAGAAAUCGUUCUGGCGGUCAUAGGUCUAAGAUCAAAGAGUUGAUAGGUUUGUGUUUUUCAGAGCCUUCUCUUUGACUUGACUUUCCAUGGUCUUUCCCAUAUGUAUAUCCUUGGUGUUCCUUUGUAUGUUCAGAUUUUCUGUUCCUAUGACCAUAGUCAGAUUUUUAAUAGGAAUUUUAUUAAUGACCUUGUUUUAAUGAAAUCACUUCCUUAAAAGCUCUAGCUCAAGUAUAGUCACAUUCUUAGGUACUGAGGGUCAGCAGUUCAGUAUGGAUUGAGGAGGCACAUAGUUGUAAUGACAUGAUUGUAAUGAUAAAACUUUUGUCAGUCCACACAUUUUUUUUCCACUGAGACUGUUUUAAUACGUGUCAUGUGAUAGUGCCUGUUUUUUUUUUUUUUUUCUUAAUUAUUAUUACUUUUUUCUUUUAAAGAUAGCAUUUCUCUACAUAGUCCUGGCUAGGCUGGUGCUCACUGAUAUCCACCCUUCUCUGCCUCCCAAGUGUUGAGAUUAAAGGUGUGAGCUAUCACUCCUGGAAGGACUGGUAUCUUAUGGAAAAUCCAAGGGUGUAGUUAAGAAUUAUUUCUACUUCUGUGAAAUCAGGUGUAACUUCCUUUGCUCUGUACUUGAGAGCAGGCAGUGCAUAUUAAUGUAAUAUUUUUACCUUCAGAGAAGUUUUAAGUUUGGAGGUUUAUAGGAAUUCCACAAGUGUUGAUGUGUCAUUGCCUAUAAUCAAGGGCUAUUGAUUCAUAUCUGGGUUAGGCUCCAACUGUUUUAAAUUGGUCUAAAGACACUAUUUGUUCAUGAUAUAAGCCUUUGUCCAUCUGUGAGUCCUAACAUUGUCUAGCUUCAUUCAAGGAAUCCGCCGUCCCAGGUUGCUAAAGCCUUACUGUCUUUCCGGGCUGAUUCCUUUUGUUUUCCUGUCUUCUAGAAGAGUGACCCUUCUACUAGUCUGAUCUACUUAACUCGCCAUUUUCUUCUGAAUUCCAUUCAUUUAAAGGGAAUUCCUCUUGCUCUAGCAGUCAUACUACUUAGUAUGUAAGCAGAGAGAAUGAAAUUGUCAUGCCAUGUUCAUUGAAGCAGUAUUUUCAAUAAUUAAGAAAUAGAAACAGCCAAAGUAUACAUGAUAAAUGUAUAAAGAAAAUAUGGUACAUUUAGACAAUAGGAUACUAUUCAGUCAUGCAAAGGAAUAAAAUUCUGUCAUUUGUGAUAAAAUUGGAUGGAACUGGAGAUUAUGUUAAGUGAGUGAAACAAGGCAGCCACAGAUAAACAUAUGCUGUAUGAUUUCUCUGUGUAUGGAAACUGGUGACAACUGACCUCAUACAAAUUGAGAGUGGAACAGUUAUUACCAAAAGGCUGGGGAGGUACGGAUGAAUGGGAAACAGUUGAACAAGGGUCACUAAAUCAUGGAUACUCACAUAGGAGAAACUUCUGUUGUGUUAUUGCACAGUAGUGUUUCUGUAGAUCACCAUUAAUGUACUAUGCAUAAAAAUUAGGAGAGAAUAUUUUAAGUUUUUACUAUGAAGACGUCAUAAUGAAGAAGAGAUAAACAUUUAAAAAUUAUACAUGUGUACAUGUCCUGAAAUAUUAUAUGGUAUCACAUUAAUAUGUACAAAUUUUGUUUUUAAUGGAUCACUUAAAAUAAAUUCAAACAUGAAAAUAACAA